GAGAAAUCAUCAAAAUCAUACGAGAAAAGGAGGAGGAGAGGGACGUACCAACAAUGGCUUCUUCGGCUGUCGCCGCCUCCUGCGUCGUCGUUGCGCUGCUGCUGGCCACCGUCCCCGGGGCGGUGCCGCAGCCCGGUGGCGCGUCGUCCAGCUGCACCGGCGACCUCCUCCGGCUCCUCCCCUGCCUCAGCUUCGUCGGCGGCAACGUCGCCGCGCCGUCGGACACGUGCUGCGCCAACCUGGGGAGCAUGGUGCACGACGAGCCGCUCUGCCUCUGCCAGGCCCUCAGCCAGCAGCCCGGCCACUCGGUCCCGGUGCCCGUGAACAUGACGCGCGCGGCGCAGCUGCCUCGCCUCUGCCGCCUCCAGCUCCCGCCGGCGGCCACCGCCUGCCCAGGGCUUGUUCCAGGAGGCGCGCCGCCGCCGCCGCCGCCGGUGAGCGUCCCACGUCCGACGCCGAACGCCAGCUCCACCGCUCCAUCGACGGAGACGCCCGUGAUGCCGCCGCCGCCGCCGCCUCAGGCGACACUGCCGCCCAGAACGAGCAGCCAGCAGAUGCCAGAGUACAGCACCGGGAUCAAGAUGGUGGUUAGCUGUGCUCCUGUUGCCCUUGGUUUUAUGGCGUUGCUGUCAGCUCUGGCAUUCUGAAGAAAUCG